CGGCGCUCAGCUGCGGCCCAUAGGGGCGGCCGGGCCCCGCUCCGCGGCUCCUCCGCGCUCCGCCGGGCCCGGCCCCGCCGCCACCGCCAGCACCGGCUGGGUGCUGGGUGCUGGGAGCCGCGGCGGAGACAAUAGAGGCCGGCAGCACGCAUGCUCCCGCCCCCGGCCCCCCCCCGGCCCCGCCGCCCUUAACCCCUGCGCUGCUGCCCGGGGACGAGGCUCCGGGACCGGGGCCGCCCCCUCAGCCCCCCCCGGGGCUCCGCGGUUCGCCCCCACCGGGGAUACCCCGAGGAGCCCCCCCCGUUCAGCCCUGCAGGGCUCAGGGCUUGGGGUCUGCGGGCAGCGCCCCCCCCACACGCGGAGCCCUCGAGGGGGGAGCGAGGCCCCGCUGGGGGGCACCGGGGGUGUGGGCACCGGGGGGGUGCGGGCACCGGGAGCGGGGGGCUCGGUGAGCACGGGGGGUGCGGGGGAACUACAACUCCCAGCAGCCCCCUCGCCUCUCCGUGGAACAAAGCGGGGGGACUCCAUUUCCCAGCAGCCCCCUCUCCGCCCGCACCGGGAGCCGUGCGCUGGAGGCGGUGGGUUGGGGGGGGUAAAACUACAACUCCCAGCGGCCCCCGCGGCUCAGGCUCCGCUCCCCCCUCCCCCCUCGGCCCGCCCCCAUGGCCGGCGGCGGGGCGGUGCAAGAUGGCGGCGCGCUGGAGCAGCGAGAAUGUGGUGGUGGAGUUCCGGGACGCACAGGCAUUGCUGUUUGCUUCCCAGGGCUGAGCCAGGUGGGUGACCCAUGAACUGCUUCAGCAGGAAACCCAGAAAAAUAAAAAAUAGGUGUGAAAAAUCGCUCAUCUCCUAGUUCAUCCUUGUAUUUCAGAGCAACGUCAGCUCUGUGCUCGCCAGCUGUGUUGCGUCCUGCACCUCACAUCCAGCCUGUAAGCUCACCCAGCUCUCCAGCCCUGUCCCUGGGGAGCUUUGUGUCGGCCUCGUGCUCCUCCUGGAAGAAGCCCUUCGAGCCGUCUCGCCUCGUGGCAACUGCUAUGUCAGUGGACUGCCUGGGACAGCACGCGGUCCUCUCGGGCCGCCGCUUCCUCUACAUAGUCAACCUGGAUGCCCCGAACGAGGGUCACCGCAAGAUCUCCCGGCAGAGCAAGUGGGACAUCGGGGCGGUGCAGUGGAACCCCCACGACAGCUGCUCCUACUACUUCGCGGCUUCGAGCAACCAGCGAGUUGACCUGUAUAAGUGGAAGGAAGGCAACGGGGAAGUUUGCACAUCCUUGCAAGGACACACACGCGUGAUCAGUGACUUGGACUGGGCGGUGUUUGAGCCAGACCUGCUGGUCACCAGUUCCGUUGACACAUACAUUUACAUCUGGGACAUCAAAGACACCAGGAAGCCCACGGUCUCGCUCUCUGCAGUCGCUGGAGCUUCCCAGGUCAAAUGGAACAAGAAGAAUGCCAACUGUUUAGCCACAAGCCACGAUGGGGAUGUCCGAAUAUGGGACAAAAGGAAACCCAGCACUGCGGUGGAAUACUUAGCAGCUCAUCUCUCGAAGAUCCACGGCCUGGAUUGGCAUCCUGACAAUGAGUACACGCUGGCCACGUCCAGCCAGGACAACUCCGUGCGGUUCUGGGAUUACCGUCAGCCUCGAAAAUACCUCAAUAUCCUUCCCUGCCAGGUUCCCGUCUGGAAGGCAAGAUACACGCCUUUCAGCAACGGGCUGGUGACAGUGAUGGUCCCCCAGCUCCGGCGAGAGAACAGUCUGCUGCUCUGGAAUGUCUUUGACUUGAACACGCCUGUGCAUACUUUUGUGGGGCACGAUGACGUGGUGCUGGAGUUUCAGUGGAGGAAACAGAAAGAAGGUUCGAAAGACUACCAGCUGGUUACGUGGUCCCGCGAUCAGACCCUGCGGAUGUGGCGGAUUGACUCGCAGCUGCAGCGGUUGUGUGCUAACGAUAUCCUGGAUGGCGUUGAUGACCUCGUUGAUGGGAUUUCUCUUCUGUCGGAGCCAGACAAGACCCUUCAUCCCCAGGACUCUGAGCCCCAGCAUAACUCUGGGCACGGGGAUGAGGAAGCCUUAAAAGAAGACUUCCUGAAUGACCUCCUGGUGGGGAAGAAGACAGACCAGCUGGGGCUGCCUCAAACGCUGCAGCAGGAGUUUUCGCUGAUCAAUGUGCAGAUCCGAAAUGUCAACGUGGAGAUGGAUGCGGUGAAUCGGAGCUGCACGGUGUCAGUGCACUGCGGCAACCACCGAGUCAGGAUGCUGGUGAUGUUCCCUGUCCAAUACCCCAAUAAUGCCGCACCGUCCUUCCAGUUCAUCAACCCGACCUCGAUCACUGCCUCCAUGAAGGCCAAGCUGCUGAAGAUAUUGAAAGACACUUCUCUGCAGAAAGUGAAGCGGAACCAGAGCUGCCUGGAGCCCUGCCUGCGUCAGCUGGUCUCCUGGCUGGAGUCUGUUGUGAACCAAGAGGACAGCACGUCCAGCAAUCCCUACGCUUUGUCGAACUCCGUGACGCCCCCGUUGCCCACGUUCGCCCGGGUCUCCAACGCCUAUGGCUCCUACCAGGACUCCAACAUCCCGUUUCCACGGACCUCGGGAGCCCGGUUCUGUGGUGCAGGGUACCUGGUGUAUUUCACGAGGCCCAUGACCAUGCACCGUGCCGUGUCCCCAACAGAACCCACACCCAGGUCCCUGUCAGCUUUAUCAGCGUACCACAGCGGCCUCAUUACCCCAAUGAAGAUCCGCACGGAGACCCCGGGCAAUCUGCGUUUGUACAGCGGGAGCCCAACUCGCAGCGAGAAGGAGCAGGUCUCCAUUAGCUCCUUCUACUACAAAGAGAGGAUGUCUCCUCGCUCUGCCCGGCGACGUUGGUCCAUACAAGCAAUUAACGACUUCCCGAAAUCCAGGAGGUGGAAAAGCAAACGAGAGGGGACAGAUGCCAACAACCGACCCAUCAAAGCCGCCGGAAAAGUCAUUAUACAAGAUAUCUCCUGCUUGCUGCCCGUGCACAAGUUGCUGGGAGAGCUCUACAUACUGAAUGUGAACAAUAUCCAGGAGACCUGCCAGAAGAAUGCUGCCUCCGCCUUGGCUGUUGGACGGAGGGAUCUCGUGCAGGUUUGGUCGCUGGCCAUGGUAGCCACUGAUCUCUGUCUUGGACCGAAGUCUGACCCAGAUUUGGAGAUACCUUGGGCACAACAUCCAUUUGGACGUCAAUUACUGGAGUCCCUGCUGGCUCAUUACUCGCAGCUCCACGACGUGCAGACCCUGGCCAUGCUGUGCAGCGUGUUUGAAGCCCAGUCCCGGCUCCAGGGCUGCCCCAAUUCCUCCGGCCCCUUCCCUCAGCGUGCCUCCAACCUGGCCUCCCACAGCCGAUACCCCAGCUUUACGUCCUCCGGCUCCUGUUCCAGCAUGUCAGAUCCUGGACUCGGCACCGGAGGCUGGAGCAUAGCCAACAAGGACGCGGAGCAGGCAUCCACGCCCUGGUGCGAGUCCUCGCCGGAUGACUUCCGAUACGGCAACCUGCCCUACCCCGACCCCCGGGAGCGUGAGAAGGACCAGCACGAGAAGAACAAACGGCUCCUGGACCCUGCCAACACUCAGCAGUUUGAUGACUUCAAGAAGUGCUACGGAGAAAUCCUGUAUCGCUGGGGGCUGCGGGAGAAGCGGGCCGAGGUCCUGAAGUUUGUCUCCUGUCCUCCUGACCCCCACAAAGGGAUUGAGUUCGGCGUGUACUGCAGCCACUGCCGCAGCGAGGUGCGGGGCACCCAGUGCGCCAUCUGCAAGGGCUUCACCUUCCAGUGCGCCAUCUGCCACGUGGCCGUGCGCGGCUCCUCCAACUUCUGCCUCACCUGCGGCCACGGCGGCCACACCAGCCACAUGAUGGAGUGGUUCCGCACGCAGGAGGUGUGCCCCACGGGCUGCGGCUGCCACUGCCUGCUCGAGAGCACCUUCUGAGCCAGGGGGGUGAGCAGGGCACGCCACGAACUGGGUUGAAUGUUGAAUUCCCAAGCUCUGCCCCGUGGUGGCUGGGGAUGCUGCAGGGACGGCGCGGGACCUCCCGGCCAUGCGCUGCGGGGAUGUUUCCAAGUGCUUCCACUCUUCCUGCGCUUCCCGGGCUGCUUUCAGACCGCUGUGACCAAACUCCUGGCCUCCGUCGCUGGCGAUGGAUGCCAGGCCACAGAAACCAGCAGGAGGGCGCGUGGCAGGGGCGAGUCUGCUGGGGUGAGGAGGAAUUAAAAGGUUCCUUUGGAAAGCACUCAACGGGCAGAGCUGAAUUGGCUCCAGCGAGGUGGUGCCUUUCCAGGGGCCCCAGAGUGAUCAAAAGAGUCUUCUUCACACACUUCAUACAGAAUUAAUUUGAUUACAGAAAUAAUUUGCAGGCAGCAGUGAGCUCGACGGGCCAACUGCGCGCCGUGCUCGGAGAGUGCCUGUGCUCAGAGCUCCCCAAGCGCCAGGGUCCUGAUUCUGAAUGUCUGUUUACAUCACUUAGGUCACCCCAUAAAGCAACAGCGUGACA